GAUGCCAUGGAGCCGGCUGCCCCGUCGGCGGGCUGCCCUGAGGGCCGGCGUCGGGAAUAAGUCCGCUAGGGUGGCGGGGGCAGGGUGUCCCCAGCACGCCCCCAGCAGUCGGCUGGCCCGUCUGCCGCGGCCCUGGGUGCUGGGUGCCCUGUCCCGUGUCAGGGUCAGCAGCUGCCUGCGGCCAGGGCCUGGCGGGCGCGGGCCAGCGCAGGGCAGAGCCCCUGGCCCGGCGCGGGGUGUCGCUGGGCAGAGCCCGGCUUGCAGGCUCUCUGCAACACGCAGGGCCGAGGCGGCGUCUUCAUCUUGUCUGGCUUCUUUAUCAUGUGUCUUUGUAAUAGUCAUAGAUGCUUCAGUAGAACAGAUGUAAAGGUCACCUGAGACCCCCUUUACAGACACUAACCGCAGGUGCGGGGCGGGGUUGAGCCUGUUCUUUGCGUAGGCAGAGGGAAUUCCUGGUAUUUCAGAAAAGAAGCAGCAAUAACUUUGGAAGAACAUGACUUUGAAAUUCCUAUGCCUAAACAUUAAAGAUUAAUUCCUGAUUUCGCUGUUUGAGGAGUGUGUGGUAAUUUAACAACUGAAUUUGUAUUAAUGCUGAAUCAUGUGUUAUUCCUUAGCACUUUGUCAAGAAGAAAUAACCACAAACAGCAGCAGUGUAGCAGAUUGUUUCUUCUCCAGCCUGGUUAUGCAGUAACAAUGGAGACUUCUGAUGAAGAAAACUUCGUGGCCAUAUCCUCCCCUUCUGAUGCAGAGUUUGAUACAGUUGUUGGGUAUCUGGAGGCUAUCAUAAUAGCAGCAACAUUGUGUAACUGGAGAUGGGUGUCAUCAUGUCUUGCCACUUUUCACUUUUUGAGACUGUCCAGAGCUGAUUUUGUUGCGUGUGUAACUCACACGUUUGCAUACAACAGUAAUGUGGCAGGACCUGUUCAUAGCAGGAACAUUGAAUGGCACCAAUCUCAUUGUAUGAGCUUAGAUGAUGAUUUCCAGUUAACACAGAGGACGUUUAUGGAGAAGCACUACCGGGAGUUUGAUGACUCGGAAGAAUACAAGCUCAUCUAUACUUUUAUUUUUAAUGAAUAUAUCUCUAUAGUAAAGAAAUACAUGGAAGAAAAGCUGCUUGAUUUGAUUCCUGGUUUUGAUAUGACUGCUUUCACAAUGUCAUUGCAACAGCACAAAGAUGAAAUGGCAAGUGAACUAUUCGAUAUGCUUCUCACAUUUACUGACUUUCCGGCUUUCAAAGAAAUGUUCUUGGAUUACAAAGCUGAAAAGGAAGGUCAAAGCCUGGAUUUAAGCAGUGGACUAGUGGUGACUUCAUUAAACAAGUAAUCAAUAAUCUCCUAGAGCAGUUUAUGCAUUACUUCCCUUCUGCAGAUGAGUGCUGCUGCUUUCGUUUGGACACUAAAACACUAAAGGUCAUAAGAAGCCGGCACUUUUACAUGAUGAAAACUCCUUCACCCUCAAGACUAUACCUUCACAGGCCUGAUGCUAGAAACAUCUGUUUGUGAAUUCUCAUUAGUAUUGUAAUUGUUUUUAGUAAACACAGUAUUUGUACACCAGCCUAACUGUUGCGCAUGCUGAGAAGCUCGGCAUACUGAGAGGACAACAGAUAGGUCUGUGUGCCUGUUAUUGGGGUUGGCAUCUUCACCAUCUCCCCAAAAUGGAGAACUUCUCAGAAUCAAAAAGACAGUGUAAGAAGAGUAUGUCCCUCCAGCUCUUGGAAGGACAGGUGUGAAUAUAUAACCUCAGAGUCCCUCAUAUGUUUGUUGGUUUGGGUUUUUUUUUAAAAAUACUUUGGUAUGAUCUUAAGUGCUAUGGGUUUCGAAUGGAAGAACAUGUUUUAAUAUUCUUAAUAGAUGUUCUAGCAUAAGACUGGCUCUCAGCUCUGACAGCUGGUAUGUCAGUGUGUAAAUCUGUCUGCUUUCUGGCUUUUGAAGUCUUAUCCCUAAUGUGCAGAGUUCUCUGAUUCACUUGUUCAGGCCCCAGCUAUUCUACAUUGUGGAAAAUAACCACGAUAAACCAAAAUCCGACCAAUGUAUUGAAGUUGUUACUUCCUUUUCAGUAGUGGCACAGCUGCUUUAGUUCUAGUAAUGCAAGCCUGAUGGUAGGUUGGGCACAGACGUGUUUACCACUGUGUCACUAAAUAGCAUGCUGAUGAAAAGGCACGGUUUUGCUAUUAAGCUGUUAGCAACACUAGCCUAGACAGUAAAAUUAUGGCCUGGGGUUCUUCGGUUAACUCCUUGCCUCUUUAUAUAAUGUUGACUUUUUAAUGUUGGGAACAGAUUUUAUUGAAUUUUAAAAGAAUCCUGUUGACAUAUUUUAAUUGUUAAUUGUUGAGCUAAUAUAAUUACUUGCAGCUAAAACUAAAAAUACUCAUCAUUUUUUUUACUGAGAAAAGUUUUCAUUCUUUUUUUUAUUACAGUUGUUUCAAUUAAUUGCUUUAAUGGUAGUGUAAGUGAAUACCUCAGGCAGUUAUAUUCUGAAGGGAGUCCUGUUGUAUUUUAAGCAAGGUCUCUUGUCAUUUCAGAGGCUACAA